AUGAGUAUGCUUGGGACCGUCGGACUGGCGCGGCGACAGGCUGUGACAGCUUUCGCCCUCAUCUUCACCGCCCUUCUGGUCUACGUGUUUGUUGGAACGAGCGACCGCCGUCGACAUCAGUUGGCGCAGACCGACGAAGGAGCCCCCGGUGCUGCUUCAAAGCUAUCAACAACAAAUCAAGUCUCAGAUCUAUGCAGCAGACAUGGUUUCCGACCCUUCACGAGGCAGGGCGGCAACAGCUAUCGAAGGGUAUACGAUCUGUUCCUGCUCUCUCACGAACUGGACUGGCUAGAAAUCCGCUUGAACACCCUGGCGCCGUAUGUCGAUUACUUUGUCAUCGUGGAAUCGCCGUGGACAUUUACUGGGUUGCAGAAGCCACUGCAUUUGCAGGAGAAUUGGGCGAAUUUCACGUCAUUUCACCAUAAGAUUAUCCAUCAAGUCGUCGAUGAUUCAGGCCUGAAUUUGGGAUCGAGGACCUGGGACCAUGAGGACUAUUUUCGCAACUCGCUGUUCCACAGCACUUUUCCCGACCUAUUGUACUCCGAGAGAGAAGCACAAAGAGGCGAUGUGCUGAUUGUUAGCGAUGUGGACGAGAUUCCGAAACCAGAGGCUCUGAACGUGCUGCGAUAUUGCGACUUUCCCGAGAGACUUACCUUGAGGAGCGACUUCUAUUACUACUCAUUCCAGUGGAUGCACGUUGGCGAGCAGUGGCCACAUCCUCAGGCGACCGUCUUUCGUGGUCUUCACAACACCAUAUCUCCCGUACAUCUGCGCAACGGUGAAGGCGGUCCUACGAGCUGGAUACCUUUCCUGUCAGCAAUGCGGCGAUGGUGGCAGAAGACCGACAUGUGGGAGGCAGCCUGGCACUGCUCAUCUUGCUUUGCGAGCAUGGAAGAAAUGCGCGCGAAAAUGGCCGGCUUCUCUCAUACUCCGUGGAAUACGGCUGAGAACAGAGACGAGGGAACAAUGAUGCACCGAGUUAGAAACGGCCUAGACUUAUUUGGCCGAACAGGAGAAGACUAUCGACGCGUGGAGAACAAUCUGGAUGUACCUCCGUAUAUCCUGCAACAUAAGGACGAGUUCAAAUAUCUACUGGAUCGAGAUGGCGAGGACGCGGGAUUUCGAGACUAUCAGCGAUCUAUUGGAUGA